UAUAAGCGUUCCCUGUUUUUGUUCGUCCUUCACAGUUCACUCUGUUUUUUCUCUGCCUUUAAUUCAGCCACAUUUCUUGGAAUUUGAGAAGACAACAGAAGAACAACCAAAAGAUUCGCUUCAAUGCAGAGCUUCAUUCGCCGGAGGUUGUUUUCGCCGUCCAAAUCCCUUUCUCGCCUCCGUUACUUCUCUCAACUCGCUCACAAUCACCCUUCUUUUCACAAUGACGUCCCUCUUCCUUCUAUUCCCCCCUUCGAUUACUCCCCUCCCCCCUACAACGGCCCUUCCGCCGAUCAGAUCCUCGCCAAGCGCAAGGAGUUCCUCAACCCUUCAAUAUGUCACUACUACCGGAAUCCGUUGCUUGUGGUAGAUGGAAAGAAGCAAUACUUGUUCGACGACAAAGGGCGUAGAUAUCUGGAUGCUUUUGGCGGAAUCGCGACGGUUUGUUGUGGUCACUGUCACCCGGAUGUGGUGGAGGCGAUCCUCAAUCAAACUAAGCGCCUACAACAUUCCACUGUUCUGUAUCUUAAUCAAGCCAUCUCUGAUUUUGCUGAAGCUCUGGCUUCAAAGUUACCGGGAAAUCUUAAGGUGGUCUUCUUCACUAAUUCUGGGACAGAAGCCAACGAACUUGCAAUAAUGAUGGCUAGACUUUACACUGGAUGCCACGACAUAAUAUCACUAAGGAAUGCUUAUCAUGGAAAUGCAGCUGGGACCAUGGGGGCCACUGCACAGAGUAUCUGGAAAUUCAAUGUCAUACAGAGUGGAGUUCAUCAUGCUUUGAAUCCAGAUCCAUACAGAGGUGUCUUUGGUGCAGACGGCGAGAUGUAUGCAAAAGAUGUGCAAAACUUGAUUGAGUUUGGAACUUCUGGUCAAGUUGGUGCUUUUAUAUCUGAAGCAAUACAGGGAGUUGGAGGUAUCGUUGAACUAGCCCCUGGUUACUUGCCUGCGGUGUAUAAGUCCAUAAAGAAAGCAGGAGGCCUUUGUAUUGCCGAUGAAGUUCAGGCAGGAUUCGCCCGCACCGGGAGCUUCUUCUGGGGAUUUGAGUCCCAAGGUGUUGUUCCUGACAUAGUGACAGUGGCAAAGGGCAUUGGCAAUGGUACUCCCCUUGGUGCUGUAGUGACCACUCCGGAGAUAGCUGAGGUAUUGACUCGUAGCAGUUAUUUCAAUACUUUUGGUGGAAACCCUGUUUGUACUGCGGCUGGACUAGCUGUUUUGAGAGUGAUCGAGAAGGAAAAGCUUCAAGAGAACGCCCUUGUCGUUGGCACCUAUCUGAAAGAUAGACUCACUGCUUUGAAGGCCAAACAUGAAAUUAUUGGAGAUGUGAGGGGAAGAGGACUGAUGCUAGGUGUUGAACUUGUUACUGAUCGUGAGCUGAAAACGCCUGCAAAAGCUGAAACAUUGCAUGUAAUGGACCAGAUGAAAGAAUUGGGAGUGUUGAUUGGGAAAGGUGGAUACUAUGGCAAUGUGUUUAGAAUUACUCCUCCCCUCUGCUUCACUAAGGAAGAUGCAGAUUUCCUUGUGGAUGCAAUGGAUUACACAAUGUCUAAGAUGUGAAAUUUCAGAAGGAAACAUUAUGAAGAAUAAGCAAGCAUAUCAUCAUAAACACAGGGCUAGUAAAUUGGUAUAGAAUCUCAUUGUUUAUAUCAAGGCUGUGUUAUAAGAAGUAUUAAUAUAUAACUCUGUAGAUUUCUACUUGGUUUCCCUGGCAUAUAUGAGUCAACACCUCGUUGCCUCUUUAUUUGAAA